CUGGAAAUGUAGAAAUUGGUGAAGAUGUUGAUCAAGAUACAAGUAAUAGCCCCCAAGAUUCGAUGUCAAAUUUGAGUGACAUACCUUAUGAGGUUUUCACCCCCACUGCAAGUCAUUUCACCCCCACUGCAAGUCAGCAUGAUUUAAGUGAUAUGGAUACCCCAUCUGUUCUUCCACAUGCCAUCCAAACACCCAGUACUUCUGGAAAUCAUGAUGAAGCUCGUAGAAAAUUCCUUGCAAAGAAAGGAGCGUACUGUCCAUCAGGGUGGGAGCUUACUCAUUCAAAUGUACCAGGUUUAACAACAUCAACACCACAUCCUACAAAACAUGUACAUGUCAGUCAUGGUUCUAGUUAAAGAAAAAGAGCAUCUUCCAAUUCUUCAAGUCAAAAGAGGAGGAAACGUGACAAGAAAGUGAACAAGAUGGCAUCUUAUUUGUGUAUUCUUUCUCAGAAUCUGAUUUCGUAUAAUCAACAUGAUCAAUGGUGCAAUUAAUAUUUCAUGGACUGAAAUGUUUUUAAAUCAAAUGAUGUAAUGGAUCUACAAUAUUGUAAUUCUUCAAUACAUGUUAAAUAUUCAUUGGGUAUUUUAUCAUGUAAUGAUUCCACAUUGUGUACUGUGU